AUGUUGAAUGUGGAAGCGCCCCCGGCGUCCGCCAGCCGCUCGCCGUACACGCCGCACCGCAUGGUCGACGCGCUGCCGGGCAGCAGCCCGCACGAAGGGAAAGGCGCAAGGCAAAUGAAGGAAGAAGAUGACCAGCAGGCCUUGUUCGACGGCAGUCAGAUCGGGAAGAAGCUGAGCUCCAGGUAUCGCGGAGUGUGCUGGAACAAGAAGAAUAGGAGGUGGCAGGCGGCCAUCAACAGCUCCGGCAAGUAUUUGUACCUGGGGUCCUACGUGUCGGAAGAGGAGGCCGCCAGGGCAUUUGACAGGGCGGCGGUGCGUAUUCGCGGAAGGAAGGCAAGGAUCAACUUCAAGUUCGAAGAUUAUGCAGACGAGGACCUGGAGUCGUGGCACUCUGACCUGCACUCGAAGGACCCGAAGGACAACCGCACGAAGGCCAGCAAGACGCCAGUCCCUCGGAAGAUGCCUUCAGGCAGCAUGCUGUCUGAACUCGGCAUCCCGGGCGUGUCUGUCCUGAGUGGGGUGCCCAACAGCGACUUUGGGUUUGGCGGCGGCGUGGUGGAGCGGGCUGAGAGGCGGUUCCACGAUGGGCGCAUAGUGGGUGGCGCAUCCCUGAUAUCCACCCCAAUGGAAAAGCAGGGUAGUGGCCUGAUGUUCAGCGACGUUCAGGCGGGCCAGGGCGGCAAUGAGCAGGUGUGGGGCCCCGUUGUGGAGGUUCCUCAACCAGGAGACCAUGGCCAGGUCGUGUUGGCACAUGCUCCCAAGAAUGAGGAAGCAGGUGCGGCCAACUUGUAUAUUGGAAACGACCAGGCAGGGGUCAGCCAGACAGUUUUGAUGGAGCUUGCAAACCAGCAGCCAGUGCUCCUUUUGCCCAACUCGCAGCACUCCAAUCAAUCUGCACAGCCGAAUGCAGCUGGUGAGGCAUCUACGCCAUCUGGAGGUUUCGGAAGCACUUUUUCUGCAGGUGCUGCAUCGGGACAAGGGGCUGGCGAGCAUCAGCUUCCUUCAGCAGAUGCGAAUGAGCGAACACCCCUGCCACCAGAUUCACAGAUAUUGAAGAUCGUGCCCUGCAACUAUGGGGUCUUUGGAGUGAUGUAUGCACGACCCGGCCACAGUGGGAUGGGGGCAGCAGUGUGGGAUGGCCGAGCCAUCAACGACAUGGGCAUGUUCAGUACGAAGGCCGAUGCAGAGCGGGCUUGCACAGCUGGGACAGAAAUCGUUGUGAGGUUUCACAGCAGUGGCAUGAACCCUCAUGUCAGUAACAGCAGCGAUGGACCUUACAUUAUAGCAUCUCUGGCUGAGAACGAAGGCCUGGCUGCUGCUGCAAGGGAGGCUGCAGCCAAAGGCCAAGUGCAGUUGGUUGGUGAUGACAUGGGCGAAAAUAGCCAACGAGAUGGGCCAGCUGCAGCCAGUGGUGGAGAUGUCCAGGCCUGUGUGCCUGGCCUGAACAACUCUCAACAGAACCUGCUGAGGCUGUUGAGCAUUGGGUCGGAGGACCUCAAUAAGUACCUCACCACAGUGCCAUCAACCAGCCACGAUGCCUCCUUGUCAGGUGUUAUUCCAGAGCACAACAGGAGUGUCACUGCCAUCGCAGAGAUGAUCAAGCAGGACAAUGGCAACCUGGGGUCUUUGCUGCAUUGGGACAGCUGGAACAGCUCAAUCCUGGGCCUGCUCUCAAAGAGCCACAGCCCAAGCCCCGGGGCACCUGUGGAGAAACAUGGUGGCGAGGACAAGGAACAAGCCCCUCAGAACAAGGAAAACGGUGCUGCUUUGGAUGCAGAGUCUUCACGCCCCAUGUCAGUGGCAGGUACAGAGGCCACGACCUUCAGCGCAACAGCAAUCCCAAGCUGGCUGAAGGAUAUUGGCAGUCUUGCCGAGUUGGGGUCAAUAACUUUCCAGGGGAGUGGCAAUUUGAGUAGCCUCGUUCGUGCAAAUGAAGACUGCUACAUGCUGCAGCAGCAAGGGAGUGGGUUCGGGAGCGAAGUGGGUGAAGCUGGAGUGCCUGAAGCCACUCCAGAAGCCUCAGUUGCUGAGGUGCCUCAUGCAGCACCACCAAGGUCAGGCUCACUGGAGAAGCACAAGGAUGACAAUCCAUUUUCUUCCGCAUGGCGCCACAAUGUCAGCAACGUUAGCAGCGACUACGACGAGGUCGUUGACUGGUUUGUCUCUCGUCCACAGCGCGAUGAGAACAAGAAGUCCAAGUCAGAUGGCCCUCGUAUCAAAUCGGAGGAAGGAACUGCCACUACCAGGGAUGCACGCCAGUUGGCUGGGCAUGUUUCACAGCCGUCUGUGACAAGAACAUCGUCCCUGGGUGACGCGGCAGUCGAAGGAUUGGGCCUGCACGGUGGCACGAAGAGGAAAGGUCUGGAAGGCUGUGAAGAUCUGAUAACCACAAAGAGGCCCAGGUCGCCAUGA